GAGAAUUAUAUUUAGUGUUUGGGCCCAGUCGGUGCUGGGCUCUCUGCUGCACCCCUUUUGCAGAACUGUACCUGGUCCCUCGUUGCAAAUUCUCAGUGACUUUGAAGCUCAUAAAACAAAAACUAAGAGGGUGCCCAAAAAGAAAAGAAAACGUUGCUGGGUGCUCGGGUUCCACUACUGGAUUUUGACAGGGAUCGGAAGAGAGAUCCGCCAGGCCUGACCAAGCACAGGCACCUGCACGUCCUUGAAGAAUGCGUUCCAGAAGCAGCAACACUGAGGGCUCAGCCCCAAAGCAUUUCCCAAGACAUAGCAAAUUCCCCACUCUCCAGGACAUGAAGCACAGAGAACAAGAAAAAGACCCCUCUAGUGAGACAGAUGGGGUCCUUCCACACCCUACGCCAGAGAAGUCACACACUGGCAAAGGCCACCAAGCAGAAGACCUCUCAAGAGAUGACUUACUAUUUCUACUCAGCAUUCUGGAGGGAGAACUGCAGGCUCGAGAUGAAGUCAUAGGCAUUUUAAGGGCUGAAAAAAUGGACUUGGCUUUGCUGGAAGCUCAGUAUGGGUUUGUCACGCCAAAGAAGGUGUUGGAGGCUCUCCAGAGAGAUGCCUUUCAAGCAAAAUCUGCCCCCUGGCAGGAGGACAUCUAUGAGAAACCAAUGAAUGAGUUGGAUAAAGUCAUAGAAAAGCAUAAAGACUCUCAUAGACGAAUCCUGGAACAACUUUUAAUGGUAGAAAAGUCUCACAGGCAAACCAUAAUGGAGAUGGAGGAAGAGAAGAAAAAACAUAAAGAAUAUGUGGAGAGGAGCGAUGAAUUCAUAAACUUGUUGGAACAGGAGUGUGAAAGAUUAAAGAAGCUAAUUGAUCAAGAAACUGAGUCCCAGGAGAGGAAGGUGCAAGAAAAGGAGAAGAGGAUCAAGGCUCUGAAAGAAGAGCUGACCAAGCUGAAGUCUUUUGCUUUGAUGGUGGUGGAUGAACAACAAAGACUUACAGCUCAGCUUGCCCUUCAAAGACAGACAAUCCAAGACCUGACCACAAGGGCAAAGGAAACACAUGCUAAACUAGCCCUUGCUGAAGCCAGAGCUCAGGAAGAAGAGCAGAAAGCAACCAGACUAGAAAAAGAACUGCAAACACAGACCACAGCAUUUCACCAGAACCAAGACAAAAUUAUGGCGAAGCUCACCAAUGAGGACAGUCAAAAUCACCAACUCCGACAAAAGCUGGCGGCGCUCAGCAGACAAAUUGAUGAGUUAGAAGAGACCAACAGGUCUUUAAGAAAAGCCGAAGAGGAGCUUCAAGAUAUAAAAGAAAAGAUUAACAAGGGAGAAUAUGGAAACACUGGCAUCAUGGCUGAAGUGGAUGAACUCAGGAAGCGUGUGCUGGAUAUGGAGGGGAAAGAUGAGGAGCUCAUAAAAAUGGAGGAGCAGUGCAGAGAUCUCAAUAAGAGGCUCGAGAAAGAGGCAGCACAGAGUAAAGACUUCAAACUAGAGGUUGAAAAACUUAGUAAAAGGAUUACGGCUCUGGAAAAAUUAGAAGAUGCUUUAGACAAAAGCAAACAAGAGUGCUACUCUCUGAAAUGCAAUUUAGAAAAAGAAAAGAUGACCACAAUGCAGCUGGCUGAAGAACUGGAGAGUUUAAACACCAGGAUCAAAGAGCUAGAAGCCAUUGAAAGUCGGCUGGAAAAGACAGAAUUCACCCUAAAGGAUGAUUUAACUAAACUGAAAACAUUAACUGUAAUGCUUGUAGAUGAACGCAAAACAAUGAGCGAAAAAUUAAAGCAAACUGAAGAUAAGUUACAAACCACUGCCUCUCAGCUCCAGGCAGAGCAAAGUAAAGUGACAACCGUGACUGAGAAGUUAAUUGAGGAAACUAAACGGGCACUCAAGUCCAAAACUGAUGCAGAAGAGAAGAUGUGCACUAUAACCAAGGAGAGAGAUGACCUCAGAAAUAAACUCAAAGCAGAAGAAGAAAAAGGACAUGAUCUAUUGUCCAAAGUGAAUAUAUUAAAAAACAGGCUUCAAUCACUGGAAGCAAUUGAGAAAGAUUUUGUAAAAAACAAAUUAAAUCAAGACUCCAGUAAGUACACAACAGCAUUACACCAAGAAAACAAUAAGAUUAAAGAGCUCUCUCAAGAAGUGGAAAGGCUGAAGCUGAAGCUAAAGGAUAUGAAAGCCAUUGAAGAUGACCUCAUGAAAACAGAAGAUGAGUACGAGACCUUAGAACGGAAGUAUGCUAACGAGAGGGACAAGGCUCAAUUUCUGUCUGAAGAGCUGGAACAUGUUAAAAUGGAACUUGCCAAGUACAAGUUAGCAGAAAGGACAGAAUCCAGCCAUGAGCAAUGGCUUUUCAAGAGGCUCCAAGAAGAAGAGGCGAAGUCAGGCCAUCUGUCAAGAGAAGUGGAUGCAUUAAAAGAGAAAAUGCAUGAGUACAUAGCAACAGAGGACCUAAUAUGUCACCUCCAGGGAGACUACUCAGUCCUGCAAAAGAAACUAAAUCAACAAGAAAACAGGAACAGAGAUUUAGGAAGAGAGAUUGAAACCCUUACUAAAGAGUUAGAAAGGUAUCGGCAUUUUAAUAAGAGCCUCCGACCUAAUCUCAAUGGAAGAAGAAUCUCUGACCCUCAAGUAUUUUCUAAAGAAGUUCAAACAGAAGUAGUAGACAAUGAGCCACCAGACUACAAGAGCCUCAUCCCUCUAGAACGAGCAGUCAUCAAUGGUCAGUUAUAUGAGGAGAGUGAGGACCAAGAUGAGGACCCUAAUGAGGAAUCUGUGCUGUCCUUCAAAUGCAAUCCAUCUACUCCCCUUCCUAUCAACAGGAAACUAUGGAUUCCUUGGAUGAAAUCCAAGGAGGGCCACCCCCAGAAUGGAAAAAUACAAACUAAGUCCAAUGGUAACUUUGUGCAACCUGGAGAUCUAGUCCUAAGUCACACUCCUGGGCAGCCUCUUCACAUAAAGGUAACUCCAGACCAUGCCCAAAAUACAGCCACUCUUGAAAUCACAAGUCCAACCACAGAGAGUCCUCACUCGUACACCAGCACAGCAGUGAUACCAAACUGUGGCACCCCAAAGCAAAGGAUUACCAUUCUCCAAAAUGCCUCCAUAACACCAGUGAAGUCCAAAACCUCUACAGAAAGUCUUGUGAACUUGGAGCAAAGUAUGCCCCCAGUUACCAUGGCAACCUUUGCCAGAGCACAGACCCCAGAGUCCUGUGGUUCUGUAACUCCGGAACGGACAAUGUCACCUAUUCAGGUUUUGGCUAUGGCUGGUUCAGCUAGUUCUCCUGAGCAGGGUCGCUCCCCAGAGCCUAUAGAAAUCAGUGCCAAGCACGCAAUUUUCAGAGUCUCCCCAGACCGGCAGUCAUCAUGGCAGUUUCAACGUUCAAACAGUAACAGUUCAAGUGUGAUAACUACUGAGGAUAAUAAAAUCCACAUUCACUUAGGAAGUCCUUACAUGCAAGCUGUCGCCAGCCCCGUGAGACCUGCCAGCCCCUCAGCACCCCUGCAGGAUAACAGAACUCAAGGCUUAACUAAUGGGGCACUAAACAAAACAACCAAUAAAGUCACCAGCAGUAUUACUAUUACACCAACAGCCACACCUCUUCCUCGACAAUCACAAAUUACAGUAAGUAAUAUAUAUAACUGACCACCCUCACCCUCAUCUAGUUCAUACUGAUACUCUUGCAAGGAACUCAGUCCUUUUUUAAUCGUCCCUCCAAAUUCCCUAAAAGAAUGACUAAACAUGUACUUUGGGAAGAUUUGUGCAUGGACUAUACAAGAGUAGCUGGAACUAACUACGUGUUGCCUGCAUAGUCACCGAGUGUGCACUUACUGUAUAUCUUUUCAUUUACAUACCUGUAUGGAAAAUAUUUAGUCUGCACUUGUAUAAAUACAUCUUUAUGUAUUUCAUUUUCCAUAACUCACUUUAAUUUGACUGCAACUUGUCUUGGUGAAUUACUUAACAUGAUAAAAACAGUAAAUAGUUUGUUACUUUUUUGUCAUUGCUUGCUGAAUUUCCAUUUGAUCAUAUUUUUAUAUAUCUGCAUGUACGACAUCAUUUUAUUUUCUGCUUAUAAUGCCCAUUAAUUCUCCUUAAAAAACAAGUAGAACAUAUUUGUCAAUAUAUAGUUCUUGUCACAUAUUAGAGAAGGCGAGAGUGGUUCAAAUAAAUAAAAAUUUUAUCUCCACGACUUAAAAUGAACCAAAAUAAUUAUGGCAAGCUUAAUGCCAUUCUUGAAAUGUAUCUUAAUAUUCUUGGUGCUCAACGGAGGGCUAUUAGGAAGUCAGUAAAUGUUUACAUAUAACAGGAUAAAGUAAUAUUAAAUAAUUUGUUAUUAGUGAGUACAUAUAUAAGCUAAUGUUAAAAGUUUGGGAAUGUUACAGGAAGCCAGAAAGCACAUUUGGAAAUACAAGGUUACCUUGACUAUCAAGGAUUGACUACAUUUCUCCAACAGACUGUAAUUCCCAUAAAGCAUACAUUACAUCUAAAUCUGGAGUCAGCCACUAUGACAUAAA